CUUGGAUUGACUCGAUCCUCGCAUGGUCGGCGUCAACGUUGACGGCAGACCGCCUUGAACAACUUGAUAGCCACCUUAAAAGUCUCGCCGACGACUGGCAAUCCCAGGAACCAAGAAUGCUGGAGAUCGUACUGAGGUCUAAGAACAGCGAUGUAUAUGACGUCGUUGCGUCCCUAGUAUCUCUACUAGAACAGACUAAUUCCGCCAAAGGCCCAACUGCGAUGGACCGAUUCGAAAGGGAGAGUGACAUGGAAAGCCCAUUCUCAUUAUUUACGACGCGCAGGUCCCGACCGGAGCUCAGAACCCCUAUGGAACGGCUACUGAACGAAAGCUCCACGGACGUCUGGAAUGCGGAGAAUGGCAAGAUUAUCAAGGACACAACUCGUGCGAAGUGGAAGAUGCAUAACCAUCAAAUGAGCGUACUGAGCGUGCUCUAUGUCGGACAAUUCCUGAGUUACCCUACAAGAAUAUUGAGCAGCUAUGAAGUUCUCCCUCAGGCAUUUAUGGCGCAACUCGGUUUUGAAAAUUCGAAGCAUGCACGUUUCGUUCAGUUUGACAGAGAACCUAGGAUGAUAGUCGUCGGCACUGUGAAAAUGCCUUUGCGCCUUUCUGGAUUCGUAAAGUUGAACAGCGCCAGCUCUAUUCAAUCAGUGGAAGCACGCCACGAGCAAUCUCGGUCGGAAGCUUGGGAACAUCCCCACUCCCAUUCCAGGGCUGUAUCGAAUUCGGUGGUCAACGGCCCAUCGGAGACUUCCGCCGCAGAUUUGUUAAGGACGAAGGACUCAACUGUUGUCUCAGGUACAUCACGCCUCGCGCUACCCGUUGCAGACCUGGUUAUUUCACCGCCAAUUCGGGAAUGUACACAGGGAGCGGCAUCUGCCAGCUCUUCCAAUACUACAGGGCCGACUGCCGACUCAGCGAAUUCAACCCAAUCAAGAGGUACUACCAAGACUCAGCCAUCUUGCACAAGCAGUGGUGACUCUAGCAACGAUGCAGAUGGCAGGCCCCCACCAGGGCCACCAUCCACUUCGAGUGCCCAUGGUAGUGCAAGAUUCGCAUGCCCACGGCAGAUGCACUCUAUGAUGCAUAAUUUAAGCCUAUGCUCCUACUCCGGUGUCGGAUGGCCUAACAUGUCGGAGGUCAUCAAACAUCUCAAACGAGCGCAUAGCAUCAGCAUUUGGCAAUGCAAGCAGUGCCACGAGUACUUUCGUAAUUUAGAUGUAUUCCAAGGUCACAACCAGGAACCUCGUCCGUGCCUUCGAACUCACAAUCGCGGGGUUAUGAAUCAAGGCCGAUUGUGGAGGCAGCUGUACCAGCUCUUGUUCCCUGGUGAAACGGUCGUACCAGACCCCUACUACGAAUCAGGGGCCAUCAUCUUGAAGAAUUCGAACGUGGGUACGGACAUAGGAGGUUUCUCGAUUACUCCAGAACCACACCCUGGCUUUCCCGUAGACGGUGAUCAAGAUAGGGCCCUCGAGCAAACCGUGGAACGUCUACGUGAUGACCUUGUCAACGUUCUUCGACCAAAUAUAAGUCGCACGCCAGAACGCCGAAGACAACAUCUGGAGCAGACAGUCCUCGCCUUGCAGGUGCUUAUUGCUCAAAUAACAUGCCCAGAAUACUUGCAACCGCGUUCGGAUGUUGGCGCGAGUGGGCUAGACGCAGCAAUCGAGGCACCUGACACCGUACCUAGGCCAACGGGGCUGGAGUUUGACGCCGUAGACACCAUGGAUCUGGAAUUUGACCCCUUACCAAAUCUCUGGGGUGAGUAUGGGGGUAAUCUCGGGGAGGCGGACGAUUCUGCGAUGUAUGGUCAUGAUCUCGAAGAAGGAGACCUCAAUUAUUAGCCUUCCCUCAAACCAUUCCAGUUUUGAGCCCUGAGCGACGGCGCGACGCACAGACCUCCAUAUUUCUCGCUAUCGAUAGAUAAAAGAUUGCACGAAUGAACGGUACUAUUGAACUAACUAGACAAGACUGCUGGCUUAUACAGCAGUGAACCGUGGCUCUAAAGAUGUCCGGACCAAGGAUCGUCUCUUUGAUUUGAUUGAUGGCUGGAGUCAACCUGGGUACCCUGCUUCUUCACAAUACCAUAAAGAUACCCUAGCGGUCUUUGUGAUAUCUGAGCUUUCAACUUUUAUUCGUAUCUGAGAUUCCAUUUAUUUAGAACGUUGAAGCUACGAGGAUAGCGGGACAGUGUCCGCUAAAUACUUAUUGACUCAAAUGGGAGAGGAAGGGAUAUCAGGAGAGAAUAGAUGUGUGGUGCGACGAGCACACCAGACAGAACAUGUUAGCUGC